AUGACCCCUCCUUGUCAUGACCCCUCCUCUUUCUCUCCUCCCUCUAUCCGUCUGCAGAACAAUCUGGCCAACAACGCUCUUGACUCGAGUUUACCCCCAGAAAUCACUACUGCUGCCAAGCUGCAAUCCGUCUUCCUAUCCGGCAACCAGCUCAGCGGUCCCCUGCCAGACCUCUCAUCGCUGCCCAGCAUCGUGUCGCUCUCCCUCUUUGACAACUCCCUCUCCUCCCUGCCGCCCGCCCUGCUUGCCAAGAGCAGCAACAUCACGCUGCAGCUUUUUAACAACGAUCUGUGCAAGCCAUUCAAGCCAGACUACACGCAAGUCUGCUCCCCUCCGACGCCCCUCACCCAAUACACCGCCCCUGCUUUCUGUGACGGCCUCGCCUGCGAGAACGACCUCUACAGCCCUAGCGCACCGCUCUAUAACGAGUCGCUCUCCUGCGUGUGCGUGUCCCCGUUAAGAGCCGACCUGGAGCUGUUUAUAUCGGAUUUCGUGGUGUACCAUGAGGCGCUGGUGGCGCAGUUAGAGCAGCGGAUCUUCUCGGAGCUCGCCAGCAAGUCGCAGAUCAACAUCAGCAGGCCACAGCUCCUCAUCUCGGCCAUCAGCAGCCCCGCCUCUCUCUACUCCCUCGCCUCCACCUUCGCCUCGGACCACGCCGAUCACGAGUCAACGCUCAUCAUCACCCUCCUCUUCUUCCCUCCGGGCGGCGACGACAGCUGGUACCCGCGAGACACACCGCAGGCCAUCCGCAACGCGCUCACCUCGAGGGACCUUGCUGUGCGCGUUGCUCUCGGCAACUUUGGGCUGUUUCGAGUUGCGGGCUUCUACGGCCCCGCGCCCUACAACUCCCCAUCACAGCAGCAGCCCUCGUCUGGGCUGAGCACGGGCGCCAUCGUGGCCAUCUCAGUGUGCUGCGCUGCUGUUGCCAUCGCCCUCAUUGUGGCUCUGCUCAUGCGCCCCUGGGAGAAGCGAAGGUGGAACCGUGCAGACUACGAGGCAUUGGAGGGAAUCACCCUGCAGCACGCCCGCCGCUAUUCGCUGCGACAGCUGGCGGAGGCAACCAACGGCUUUGAUGACUCGCUUGUGCUGGGCACGGGCGGUUACGGCAAGGUGUACCAUGGCAUUCUCAACGGCGAGUCGGUGGCGAUAAAGAAAGCAACGGAGAAGCAUCGGCAUGCAGGAGUGGAUUUCAAGAACGAGAUCGAGAUGCUGACGGCGGUGUCGCACGGCAACCUGGUGAAGCUCACCGGCUUCUGUGUGGAGAAGGACGAGCAGCUGCUGGUGUUCGAAUUCAUGGAGGGGGGGGCUCUGGACGCCUGGAUCAAAGGUAAGACAGGGCGCGUUCUAUCGUGGAAGGAGAGAAUGCGGAUUGCACUUGAUGCGGCGAGUGCGCUUCACUACUUGCACAAAGAGAUGAGACCCAGCAUCGUCCACCGCGAUAUCAAGCCCGCCAACAUUCUGCUGACAGCAUCUCUGGAAGCCAAGGUGGCGGACUUUGGCAUUUCCAAGUCGCUGCCAGAAAGGGGCGAGCUGGUGCAGGAGGAGAUCAUCGGCAGCAAGGGCUACAUCGACCCACACUUUGCGGUGUCGGAGGUGCUGACGGAGCGCAGUGACGUGUUCAGCUUCGGGGUGGUGCUGCUGCAGCUGGCCACAGGGCAGCCGCCCGUCAUUCAGGGAGUGCCGCUCAGCCAGGUCGUGCUGCACCUCGCCUUCGGCCAAGACGGCCUGCCCGCCGCCAUCGAUCCCAAACUCUCUGACCUUCUCCAGGCUACUGCAGCUGCUACUGCAGCUGCUGCUGCUGCUGCUGCUGCUGCUGCUGCUGCUACUGCUGCUGCUGCUGCUGCUGCUGCGUCGAACGGUGCUUCUUUUCACAGUGCUUCUGCUGCUGCCGUUGCUGUUGUUUCUUCUGCGGCAGGAGGGGAAGUGAGUGCAGGGGAGAUGGUGGAGGGGUUGGAGGAGACGUUCGGCACGUUCCUGCGGGUGGCGCUGUGGUGCACGGCAGAGCACCCCUCGCUUCGUCCCGACAUGGAGCAGGUCGUAUCUGCGCUGCGCAGCAUCAGGGACCAUCUCCGGGCGCUACCUGGGGGAGGCACUCCUGUGGGCCCCGUAAGGGCAGUCCCAAGUGGCACCAGCGGUUAUGGUGCUGCUGAUGUGUCGCUUGCCAGUCGUGCCAGCGGUUACGGUUCUGCUGCCCUGUCAUUUGCUAGUCGUACCAGCAGUGCAGUAGCAGGAACAUAUUCCUCUGCCGCCCGGUCACCUGAGAGUGGAGUCACAGGAGGGGUUGCCAGCUUGUCAACCCUCUGGAGCCACUUGCCUGUUUCAACUAGUCAACCGGGGUCAAACUGGUCAAACUUUAAGGUGGAGCAGGGAGGGAUGGGUGGGUAUGAUGACACUGGCACGCACCGUCAGACGCUCACAGGCCCCUAUGCCCGGUAG